AUGUCGAUCACAACCGAUAUUAGUACUACAAUGAAAGAUCAGUUAUUGCAGUUUGGAUUAGAAAGAUAUAUUACUAUACCUAUUUUCUUGAUUGUUGGAAUGUUACUAGGAUACAUAACUGUUGGAGCUAUUUUGCUUGGUUUUUGGGAACAUUGGGAUUUUUUUUCCGGCUUCUAUUUUUCAUUCAUAACAAUGAUGACGGUUGGAUUUGGUGAUAUUGUACCAGUGAAACAAGAAUACUAUUUGUUCGACCUUUUAUACAUUAUAGUGGGAUUAGCUAUUACGACAAUGUGUGUUGAUCUUGUUGGAAUUCAAUACAUUCGUAAAAUUCAUUACUUUGGACGAGCAAUCAAAGAUGCUCGAUAUGCGUUGGUUAAUGUCGGUGGUAGAAUGGUACAUAUUCCGGAUCUCAUGCGAUAUGCAUCUGUUUUGCAUCAGAAAUAUGGUGAAAAAAGGCAAGGACGUAAAAUUCGACUGAAAGGAGCUUAUGUUCCUGAAGAUCUACCUUUAAUCCGAUACAUCGACUAUGGAUCUCUUGCUAGUGGUGACUUCGACUUCAUUCCAGAUGAUCAUGACAAAUUAGAAGAAAGAUUAAGCGCAGUGUAA